AUGACAAAUACAUCAUCAACGCAAGCAACUGCUGCUGCGGCUGCCGCUCUCGCUGCUUCAACACCUACAUCCAGUGGUAGAAGACCAAGGACUGUCAAUUUCACUUUUGGUGGGCCAGUGCCGUCUCAAAAUCUUAUUCACAAACUAUCCUCUGAGUCUUGCUCAUCUUCGAAAACAACAAAAGCAUUACGGGAUUUCCAUAAAAAGCAGGACAUGCAGAAGGGUGCAGUUCAAGGGAAAGGAGAGUUGAAUGAUAAGUGGGGCAAUGAUGUUAUCUCAUCCCCACUAAACGAUGAGGAUAUCACAUUAGAUGACCUUUUGAAAGAUGAUCCUAUUAGUGAGUACAUUGAUAGCAUGGAGACGCCUGCUUCCAGCCACAAUCGGACAACUGACAUCUCCAAAAUGAGGCAGAACUAUCAGGGUGACAUGAGCUUAAAGAUUGACGAUGUUUUCCGUGGUUCAACGCAAAUGUUCCCAAAUAAUUCGCUUCAAGUACCACAAACCGUAUCGAUGGCCUCGGAUUCAGUGUAUUCGAACACUAAUUUCAACAGUUCCAAUGCUACUUUGGUUGACAAAAAGGCUGUCCCAAGUCCAUUACAUCUUAGGGGCAAUAGCUUCGACAUGUCUGAUCAAGUUGUUCCUCCUAGUUUUCCCAAAAGUGAUGCUUUCGAUACUGAGUUAAACGCGCAACCUCAAAUAUAUAUGAAUGAUGAAAGAUCCCCUGAGCAAUAUGCAGUCCCGCCAGCCGGUAGCAGUAACGUUAACCUGCAAGAUGGAAAUUCGUUAACUGCAUUUUCGACUUCUAAUGUUUCGCAGCUGGAUGGAUUUGCAAAUCCACUUCAAGUUGAUGAAUCUAUGUUGGCAAGCCCUGGAGAUUCUGCUGCACUUUCUAAAAACGGUGUAUUCCACAGAAGUUUUUCAUCAUCAACAUCUGCCUCCAAUACGUCUCUUUCAUCAGCAUCUUUCAUCCAUGGUAGCGGCUUCUUUCAAGGUCCAAGCAUGUUCUCUCCUAACUCAUCUGCCGUUGGCCUUGAGUUGUCUCCAUCUUCUUCGUUGAUAGGAAUGAAUUCAGCAUCUCCUAUUCACCAGUUACGUCAUGUAUCCAGUGUUGAAAAGUUUAGGAAUCCUAGGAAGAAAGGAACACUUAGAAGACGAAUUCGAAGUAGACAUCCGUCGGGACGGGAGCAAAGAAAGGUAUUAUCAGAAAAGCAAAUGGCAACGGCUGCAGCUGCAGCUGCAACUACAUCUAACCAUCAGAAUAUUCCACGUCGAUCAAAUGCACCUGCAAUGAUAACUGCAGCUGCCGCGAAUGCCACAAAAAGAUAUAGAGCUGUUCAGAAGCUUAAAAAUACUCAAAAGCAGAAUAACAGGUCUAUAUCGUUCAUGUAUGUCAAGCCCACUACAUCUGGCAUGAGUGAUGGGCAAAAUCACAGUUCAGGGCAAGAUGUUUUUUCAACUCCUAGAAAAAAAACACCCAAGAACUGUGGAAUGGGACAGGAUGUUAUUAUGUAUACACCAAAGAAGUUUGUUAACCAUCAAAUCUGCCGUCUAAAUACUGUGUCUCCAAAAGAGCCGUCGAAUUCUUCAGCUGGAAGAUCUGAAAAGGAUUCAGAUAAAAGUACGUCUUCGUCGAACUCAACCGUUAAAUUGCAUUCUCCUGACACUCGCAAGAAGACAAGAGUUCCGUUCACAGAUAAGAAUCCUGACUUCGCAAGUCUUAUAGGAAAAUUUCCGAAGAAAGAUGAGCAGCCAUUCAAGCCAAAAACGUACAAUAACAUCAAUCAAGGAUUGCUGGAAUUUCAGGUCAAUCUUGGAGACCCUCAUAGCCAGCACUAG